GCAUUCAUUUAUUACACUCUAUUUGGAAAGCUUUCUGCUUAACUUGAGAGGAAUCCUUUCCUCUCCACAACUUCAGGGGAAAUAUUCUUUCCUUCAAUUCACCUCCAUUAAGAAGGAAAGUGUAUUUGACGCCCCCAAACAGCGCUUAAUCAUUUCAUUCUCACUUCUCUCUUACCUAAUCAUAAUUCAACUUUCUCUAGCAGAAUCUUGAAGAGAAUUGUCAAGAACAAAAGCAAACAAGAAAUAAAACCUCAUACCCACAACCCAAAGCUUCUCUCUUUUGUGGUUGUGGCAGAAACAAGAAGAAGAAGAAGAAGAAGAAGAAGCAGAAGGAUUGUUUGAAGAAGCAAGAAGAGAAGCUUGGAAGAAACAUGGAUAACAUGCUUUGUGAUGAGCUGCUUCAAGAAAUCUUUUCAAAACUAGCUUCAAAAUCGUCACCGCUACCACCGUCUUCAACAGCUUUAUCGGUUUCUCUGGUAUCCAAGCGGUGGCUCCGCCUCUACCGCACUUCAAAAACCUCUCUUUCUCUUAGACUCACACCAGAAAAUUCCACAAUUCAAUCUUUGCCCUCUCUUCUUUCCCACUACCCAUUUCUUUCUUCUCUCUCUCUCCUCUUCUCCUCUGAGCCCACCUCAACAACUCCCACUUCCAUCACCACAGCUUUCAAUGACAAUCUUCUCUUCAUAGUCUCCAAUUUUUGCUCCAAGCUUAAGCAUCUCAGAUUCUUGGCUGGUCCUGUGUCUAUUUCUUCCCUCUUUUCUCUCUCUAACACAUGUGCCCUUCUCACUUCUCUCACGAUUUUUCUGUCUAGGCCUCUCUUCCUCAAUUGGGUUGCUAAUUUUUCUAAUUUAAAGGAGUUAUCUGUAUAUGUAUCAGAUAGUGAUGGAAUUGGGAAUGAAUUUUAUCUCAACAGGGAAUCUGAUUUGUAUGUAAAUCAAGAAAUUGAUGGUGAAUUGGGUUUGGAGAGUCUGUAUUUAUCAGGGAUUAAAAGAGAUGAUUCUGGUUUUGGUUGGCUAUGGAGAAGCUGCAAGAAGCUGAAGAAAUUGCAGCUGAAGAGCUGCGAAGGCAUUGGCGAUGGAGGGUCCUUCUUCUCAUUUAUCAGGUGCUUGAAGGAUCUCCAAGAACUUGAGCUAAGGACUUGUAGGAGUAUUGCUAAUGGCGUUCUCUUAAGAUUGGCAGUGUAUUGUGAUUCUUUGAAUUCUCUUCUGGUUUAUGAUGGUGGCAGCAGAGAAGGUUUGCUUCAUUUUAUUAACAAUUGCAGGUGUAAUCAUCUGCAGAAACUUGAUCUUCGGUUACCUCUAGACUUAAACAAUAAUCAUCUCUCAGCAAUUGCAGCGAAUUUCAGGUGUCUUUCAACUCUAAGGCUUCAGAGUUGUUGUUUAGUUACUGGUGAAGGGCUAAAGGCUCUUGGGAUUGCCAGGAGUUCAGAGCUCAAUGAAUUGGCACUGAUAAAUUGUGAUGUUGUUGGAAGAGAAUCAGGAUUGCUUGCCACAUUAGGACAGCAUUUGAAGCAACUGAGGAAACUAGACUUGUCUCACAAUGAAUCUUUGCUUGAUAAAGAGUUCAUUUCAAUGCUGGUUUCUUGCAAUAAUUUGAUAGAAUUAAGGUUAAGAGGAUGCAAGAGACUCACCAGUUUAUCAAUCCUGUCUAUGUUCAAGAGCUGCAAGAGAUUACAAAAUGUUGAUAUUGUCCAUUGUUGUGGGAUUGAAGCUGAGGCUGUUGAAUCAUUUGUUCUGAAUUCCCCACAACUGAGACAAAUCCAGGUUGAAGAAAACAAGAUUUCUGAUGUUGCAAGGAAAUGGGCAUCACAUAAAUUCAUUGAGAUUGCUUCUUAAUUUCAUGGAUUAAAAAAAAAAAAAAUCAGACAAAUUCUUCUUCUGUGGAUGUUGAAUGUUUAAUAAAAUGAUGAUUUUAAGAUUGAAUUGUUAUGUUGUGUGUGGAUAAUGAAAUGGAAGUUUACAGUUUCAGAUGAA